GCGUGGUGUCGAUACGUCGUGCACCCCAAUCCUGGAAGUUUUCCGCAACCCCACCUUGCCUAACUCCGUCCUUAGCCUGAUGAUGUGACCAUAAGUUGGUGUUGAUCCUUCUUAGCCCAACCCACCCUUUGAUCAGCUUGCACGUGGAUCUGUAAUCCUGCAAGUUGGGGGGGGUUGGUGGAGAGGGGAGGCAGCACACUUUUCCUGAAGAGACCAGGAUUCUUUUGCACAUCUGACAAACAGCAGCAUUUACUGCAUUGAGAAACUGAGAGAGAUGGGUUUUGGUGAAAAAGAUGUAAUGGAUAUAAAAGGAACCGAAAAGAAAGAGGAAUCUUUUCCACUGGAUUCAAAUGCAGUGGAGAAUGGGGCAGUUACUGAAAACACCACAGGAAGUAAAGCCAAAGCAGGAGCCACUUGGAUUCAUCCUGCAUAUGUACUAGGAAGCUGCAUACUUAAUAUCCUGCUGAUCAUCGUCAUCAUUGUGUUAUUGGCCCUCUUAGCACUGUGGAAAAGAAGACAACCACCAUCGCCUGCUGAUCCUGUAGUUCUAGUGCUCUCCUGUCCUGAUGGCUGGGUUGGAUACAGAAGGAGAUGCUACUAUUUUGCCGAUGAAGAAAAAGACUGGGAGUCUAGCAAGAACAACUGUUCAGCGUUCAAUGCCUCCUUAACUGUGGUUGACUCCCAGGAAGAGAUGACCAGGAAUGUUUUUCCCAUUUAUUGUUAAAAGUCAGCUGAUGUGCAUUUUUAGCCAAAAUUUGUGUCUUGACAAUGUCUUAA